AUGCGUGGCCCCCUCAGCCCCCACGGCCCUCUAGGCCCAGCUAACAUGCUCUUGCUGCUGGCCUUGGCUUGUGCCAGCCCCUUCCCUGAGGUGGCUCCCCCACUGGGCGGCAGCAGCAUUGGGGAGCCGGGCACCGGACGGCCCCUCAAUGUGGCGUUGGUGUUCUCGGGGCCAGCCUAUGCAGGGGAGGCGGCUCGUCUGGGCCCUGCUGUGGCCGCUGCAGUACGCAGCCCAGGCCUGGAGGUCCGCCCUGUGGCCUUGGUCCUCAAUGGCACCGACCCGCGCAGCCUCAUGCUUCAGCUGUGUGACCUGCUUUCGGGCCUUCGCGUCCACGGCGUGGUCUUCGAGGAUGAUUCCCGCGCACCAGCCGUCGCCCCCAUCCUUGACUUCCUUUCUGCUCAGACUGCCCUGCCCAUUGUGGCCGUUCAUGGCGGUGCCGCUCUCGUCCUCACGCCCAAGGAGAAGGGCUCUACCUUCCUCCAGCUGGGUUCCUCCACAGAGCAGCAGCUACAAGUCAUCUUUGAGGUGCUGGAAGAGUAUGACUGGACGUCCUUUGUGGCAGUGACCACGGCGGCUCCUGGCCACCGGGCCUUCUUGGCUUACAUUGAGGCCCUGACGGAUGGCAGCCUGGUGGGCUGGGAGCACCGGGGAGCACUGACCCUGGAUCCCGGGGCUGGCGAGGAGGUGCUCGGUGCCCGCCUCCGCAGUCUCAGUGCCCAGAUACGCCUUCUUUUCUGCGCCCGAGAGGAGGCAGAGCCGCUGUUUCGUGCGGCGGCUGCUGCUGGCCUUACAGGCCCUGGCUAUGUGUGGUUCAUGGUGGGACCCCAACUGGCGGGGGGUGGAGGAGGGGGAGGGCCUGGGGAACCACCUCUCCUGCCAGGGGGUGCCCCGCUACCCGCGGGGCUCUUCGCAGUCCGGUCAGCUGGCUGGCGGGAUGACCUGGCAAAGAGGGUGGCAGCAGGCGUGGCGGUGGUAGCCCGGGGAGCCCAGGCCCUGCUUCGUGACUAUGGGUUCCUACCUGAGCUGGGGCAUGACUGCAGAGCUCAGAACAGAAGCCAGCGGGGAGAGAGCCUGCACCGGUAUUUUAUGAACAUCACCUGGGACAACCGGGACUACUCCUUCAAUGAAGAUGGCUUCCUGGUGAAUCCUUCCCUUGUGGUCAUCUCUCUCACUAAGGACAGAACCUGGGAAGUGGUGGGGACCUGGGAACAGCAGUCUCUACGGCUCAAGUACCCACUCUGGUCUCGGUAUGGCCGCUUCCUGCAGCCCGUGGAUGACACCCAACACCUCAUGGUGGCCACACUGGAGGAACGACCCUUCGUCAUUGUGGAGCCAGCCGACCCCCUCAGUGGCACCUGCAUCCGGGACUCCGUGCCCUGCCGUAGCCAGCUCAACCUCACUCACAGCCCCCCACCCGAUGCCCCCCGGCCGGAAAAGCGCUGCUGUAAAGGCUUCUGCAUAGACAUCCUCAAACGCCUGGCCCAGACCAUCGGCUUCAGCUACGACCUCUACCUCGUCACCAACGGCAAACAUGGGAAGAAAAUCGAUGGCGUCUGGAACGGCAUGAUUGGGGAGGUUUUCUACCAGCGGGCAGACAUGGCCAUCGGCUCCCUCACCAUCAACGAGGAGAGAUCCGAAAUCGUAGACUUCUCUGUGCCCUUCGUGGAGACGGGGAUCAGCGUCAUGGUGGCCCGGAGCAAUGGGACAGUGUCGCCCUCUGCCUUUCUGGAGCCCUACAGCCCGGCCGUGUGGGUCAUGAUGUUCGUCAUGUGUCUGACCGUGGUGGCCGUCACCGUGUUCAUCUUCGAGUACCUCAGUCCUGUCGGCUACAACCGCAGCUUGGCCACGGGCAAGCGAGAGCCGGCCAAAUCCCUCUACAGCUGGCAGCUGAACGUGCAGGAAGAAGCAUGGAAGUUUGGAAUUGAAGAGACGGUGAUUGUCAAGUCCAACUCUCUCAAUGUGACAAAUGGUCAUUCGGCCUCCAAAGAGGAGGAGAAGAUAGAAGGGGAGAAAAGAAGCCAUUAA